AUGAACUAUGAAAACGACUCUGUUCACUCCAGCAUUUGGUGCAGAAAACUCCAUGCAAAACAUUCUCUUUCUUCUAAUGUCUGCAACUGCAAACUGCAAAUAAACUCUACUUUGUUUGGCCUAUCCGAUCCACAGAUUGGUAAAACAGACAGUCAGAUUGAAGUUGUGCUUACCACCAGCCAAGCUGCACUCUUGUCCCCUUAUCGCAACAUAUUUGCUGCAAAAAGACUAUGGAGAGAGUUUGCUCUGUUCGAUCGUCUUCGUUCAAAAAGCAUGAAUCAGCAUCGAUCGUCUGUUCAUUUACGAAAAACCGUUUUGACCAAAAGAUUGUUUGUUCGUUUAAAGCAGCUUGAAUUGGAAAGCCUUAUUGUUUUUCCAGACAAGAAACUUGUAAAGCUAGGAGCAUCUUUCAAAAUAAAUCUGUUUCCAGUCAUGCUUCAUUUAGCUGGUGCAUAUGCACUUUUGUGCAAGAUUCGUACGUCUCUUGAAGAUUUAUUCUUAGCAUACAGAGACGUUGCAAGUCAAACCUAUUUUAUGCCUACUUCCCUUACAUUUUCGGCAAUAUCAGCUCGACUUCAUUUUUUAACUACGUAUUUCAGAAAACAAUGCGAAAGCUGCUACGAUUUAGCUUGGUCAUGGACACAAAGUGUGCCGCAUGCCUUUUUGCCGUGGUAUGCAUCUCAGCUACCACCAAAUCUCGCGUCGCUAGAAUUCAAUCAGUCUAAUGUGAUUCAAAGUGAAGCAAUUGAUAAGCUGCCAGAUUACAAGGAAGCACAGAAUGAGCUGGAUGAGGAUACGGACGAGGAUUCCUCCCCUAGAGUUUCCGUUGUAGCAGAUACAGAUGCUCAGCCAGCCGAUUCACUAUCUGAUCGUUUUUGGAAUAAUACUUUGACUGCUCCAUCACAUUUAGAGGGCAGUGCAUCACUUUCUAUAGCCAAAACUGCUUUAAAAACUGCUGAUACUAAGAAACUCGAGCCAUUUGCAAAACAAGAAUCUAGACUCUUGUUGAAGAAACAAAGUACUGCAAUAGAGUCUAAAUUGAACGCCAAAAUCAAGACUAAACGAUUGGUAAAACCAGAGAAAGUAUACAAUGAUAUUGAUGAUAUUUUUGACAUGUUUUGA